CCAGCGAGCCGAGCCAUGGGGCAAGCCGGGAACCACAGCGACUUCUUGCUGACGCCCAACGGGAGCCACGCACGGGACCAAGACAUCACUCAGGAACGCGACGAGGCGUGGGUGGUGGGCAUGGCCAUGGUCAUGUCGCUUAUCGUCCUGGCCAUCGUGUUUGGUAACGUGCUGGUCAUCACGGCCAUUGCCAAGUUCGAGCGACUGCAGACCGUCACCAAUUACUUCAUCACCUCUCUGGCUUGCGCCGACCUUCUCAUGGGCCUGGCGGUGGUGCCGUUUGGGGCCAGCCAUAUCCUCAUGAAAAUGUGGACUUUCGGCAAUUUCUGGUGCGAGUUUUGGACUGCCAUCGACGUGCUGUGUGUCACAGCCAGCAUCGAGACCCUGUGCGUGAUCGCAGUGGAUCGUUACUUUGCCAUCACGUCACCCUUCAAGUAUCACAGCCUCCUGACGAAGAACAAAGCCCGGAUGGUCAUUUUCAUGGUGUGGAUUGUGUCAGGGCUUACCUCUUUCUUACCUAUCCAGAUGCACUGGUACCGUGCCAGCCACCAGGAAGCCAUCAACUGCUAUGCCAAAGAGACCUGCUGUGACUUCUUCACCAACCAGGCCUAUGCCAUCGCUUCCUCCAUUGUGUCUUUCUACUUGCCCCUGGUAGUCAUGGUCUUCGUCUACUCCAGGGUCUUCCAGGUGGCCAAAAGGCAGCUCCAGAAGAUUGACAAGUCUGAGGGGCGAUUCCAUACCCAAAACCUAAGCCAAGUGGAGCAGGAUGGGCGGAGCGGUCACGGACUCCGCAGGUCUUCCAAGUUCUGCUUGAAGGAGCACAAAGCCCUCAAGACCUUGGGCAUCAUCAUGGGCACCUUCACCUUGUGCUGGCUGCCCUUCUUUAUUGUCAACAUUGUGCACGUGAUCCAGGACAACCUCAUCCCUAAGGAAGUUUACAUCCUUCUCAAUUGGCUGGGCUACAUCAACUCUGCUUUCAAUCCCCUCAUCUACUGCCGGAGCCCAGAUUUCAGGAUUGCCUUCCAGGAGCUUCUGUGCCUCCGCAGGUAUGCUUUGAAGGCCUAUGGGAAUGGCUACUCCAGCAACAGCAAUGACAAAUCCGAGUAUACAGCGGAGCCAGGUGGAUGCCAACUGGGGCAGGAGAAAGAAAGUGAAUUUCUGUGUGAGGGCCCCCCAGGAACCGAAGGCCUUAUGAACUGUCAAGGUACUGUGCCUAGCCAUAGUGUUGAUUCACAAGGGAGGAACUGUAGUACAAAUGACUCGCUGCUCUGAUGCAGGCUUUCUACUUUGCAAGAACCCCUCCCCAACAGAGCUCUAACUAGACUAUUUAACUUGGGUAUAAUAAAUUUAGAAUCUAAUUGUAUAGAGAUUUACAGGAGGAGGGCGUCCUUCUGCCAUUUUUUAAUUUUUUUUAAGCUGUAAAAAGGAGAAAUUGUAUUUGAGUGCUUAUAUGUUUAUUGUAUAGUAGUUCCUCUGCGUGGAACUUAGUUUAUGUCUGAAGGAUGUUAGUCCUAGAGGACCUGAGUCUCUAUGUUUUGAUAACUUUUCUGUGUAUCUACCUCAUUAGUCAAGUAUUAGGGGUAAUAUACUGCUGCUGGUAAUUUGUAUCUGAAGGAGUUUUUUUUUUUUUUUUUUCCUUCCCACACCCUUGGACUUGAAAAUCCCGAGUGUCUCGGACCUUUUAGCUGUGAACACGAACUCUCCCCCACUCCUGUCAUAAGCUUGAAGGAGUGACGUUAGGCAGGGAUUCGAGGGACAGCUUCUCUUGUUUUUCUGAGCAAAGUCUAAAGUUUACAGUAAAUAAAUUGUUUGACUAUGA